AUGCUGACUUAUUGGCAUCCAUUGAUUUCUUCCAAGUUAAGAACCACUCCAAUUGCUUUAUUAAGCAAUGGCCGUUGCCUAUCAACCUUGAUAGUAGCAGAGCAUAACGGUGAAUCUCUCACUAAAGCAACUUUAAAUGCCGUAACUGCCGCUCAAGCCAUCGGUGGAGAGAUAUCUGCUUUAGUAGCAGGUGCCAAUGCUUCUAAGAUUGUGGAAGAAGUAAGCAAAGUAAAAGGAAUUUCGAAAGUUCUUUAUGCUGAUAACGAAUGUUACAAGGGACUGCUACCCGAGGCGAUAACACCACUUGUAUUAGCUGCUCAGAAUCAAUUUAAUUAUACACACAUUACUGCUACCGCAACAGCCUUUGGAAAGAAUUUUAUCCCAAGACUUGCUGCAAAAUUGGAUGUAUCUCCAAUAUCAGACAUAAUAGGCAUCACAUCGGAGGAUACGUUUACGCGAACAGUUUAUGCCGGCAAUGCAAUUGCUACGGUAAAAUCCAAAGAUAAUGUCAAGGUAUUUUCCGUUAGAGCUACUGCUUUCGAUGCGGCUGAUGUUGGAAGCGAUGCUGUUGGAGUUGAACAAGCGCCAUCUGCUGAAAGUCCUAAUACAUCUUCAUGGGAGGGUCAAGAGCUAAGCAAGAGCGACAGACCAGAAUUAACUAGUGCAAGUUACGUCAUUUCUGGAGGUCGUGGAUUGAAGAGUGGAGAUAAUUUUUCUUUACUGUACGAAUUGGCAGAUACCAUGGGUGCUGCAGUUGGAGCUUCCAGAGCAGCAGUCGAUGCAGGUUACGUCCCAAAUGAUAUGCAAGUUGGUCAGACUGGAAAAAUUGUAGCUCCGGAAUUAUAUAUUGCAGUCGGAAUAUCCGGUGCAAUUCAACAUUUAGCUGGUAUGAAAGAUAGUAAGACCAUCGUCGCUGUUAAUAAAGAUCCUGAAGCUCCAAUUUUUCAAGUUGCUGACUACGGUUUAGUGGAAGAUUUAUUUAAGGCUGUGCCAGAGUUGACCGAAAAAGUGAAAGCAGCUAAAAGCGGUUAA